CGUCCUGUUUUUGCUUCAAUUCCACGUUUUCUGUUUAUUCUCCACGGUUUCGUAUUUUGAAGUUUAGCGACCGAAAAUCGCAAAGUUGUAGAGUAGAAUUCACCGUCUCUUCCUUUAAAUGGAGAAAAUUCGAGUGGAUCUCUAUCACUCACAUUUGCUCAUCUUCCUUUAAAUGGGAAGACUUCUUUUUAUGAAUUUCCAUCGCAUUUCUCGAGUUCUUCCGGAUUUCUAACCAUUUCUCACCUUCGUUUUGAUCGGAGAGAAUAAUUUUUUGCCAUGGAUGAAAUUUUGGCAGAUAUCCUGUUGCGCGGCUAUGGUGGUUGGAAUUCAAGACAGGCUCUGCAGGUCUUGCAUAAAAUCUUUCCAAAGGACAGUGCCAUCCAACCUUCAUUAGUGAUAGUCUACUUUGGUGGUAAUGAUUCAGUGCUUCCUGACCAUUCUUGCCCUGGCUCUCAUGUGCCACUUCCUGAAUACAUUGAGAAUAUGAGGACCAUUGCCCUCCAUCUCAAGAGCCUAUCGGAGAAAACCCGUGUCAUCUUCCUCACGGCUCCGCCCGUGAACUGUGCUCUAAUGAAAGAAAAAUUGAGCGCGGAUAUAGCCGAACGUCGAACAAUGGAGACUUGUCGGAAAUAUGCAGAGGCUUGUGUAGAACUUUGCAAGAAGAUAGACGUGAAAUGCAUAGAUAUGUGGACAGCAAUCCAGAAGAGAGAUGACUGGCUCACUUCUUGCUUCACGGAUGGAAUCCAUUUUACAGCAGAAGGGAGCCAGAUAAUUGCAGAGGAAAUUUUGAAGGUUCUGGAGGAGGCAGACUGGGAACCAAGCUUGAACUGGAAAUCAUUGCCAAUUGAAUUCGAUUAUGUUGGUCUAAACUAGCCUCCUGACUGGAAAUGGGAUAAAAGAGUAGAAAAUCCAGGACUGCUACUUUUGGAUCACAUACUGCGACUCUGCCAAUGUUGUGUGGAGCAUAUGUAAUGGGCUUCGUUAUUGGGCUCGGUUCAUACGCAUGGUUUAUUGGGCUUCUAAAGUGAUCAAAAUAGCCCAGUUGUAGUGGCUUUCUAGAUUUAGCGUUUUUCUUUUAAACAAGCAAGUCUUAUAAGGCUGUCGAAACUCGAAAUAGAGUUACAAAAUCUACAUGAUGUACGUCUGCACUGUAGAUUAAAUAAAUAAAAUAUCAACAUGUAAAUUAUUGAUUUA